GGCACCCGCCAUUUUUAAUACCCGCGCGCGCCUCUCGCUGCACCGUGCCGUGCCGUGCUGUCUCCCUCCGGCUCUCGGCGCUGCGGCGGCUGCAGCUCGCGCGGUCCCUGUGGGAGGGGACGAGAGAUGCGGGUUGGUGAUGGCGGCGGAGGAGAGGGGGCGGUGGCGAGGGGGAGGCGCGGGGCCGUGGAGGAGGAGGAGGAGGUUGAGGGGGAGGCAAGCGGGUGCUCGGCGUCGGCGAGCUCGACGAGCCGCGGGAGCAGCGCGCGCCGGUCGUCCGGCGGCGACUCGCCUUUAACAAGGUUCGUGCGCCGGGGCGGUCGACUGGGGACGGAUCCGGAGCCUGACGAGAGGCUCACUUCCUCCUCCUCCUACGCUUCUGCAGGUUCCACGGAACCACAAGAGGAUGAUGAUGAAGGGGCAUUACAGGGGGCCAAGGACAACAGGUGGGUACGAGCACGGCUCCAAGAGCACGCCAAGAAUGCAGUCCCCCGUCCUACCAGAGAAUGCCAAGACCAGCGGCAUCGGUUGGGGGCGGUUCUUUUCCAAGGUAGGAAGGACCGAGCACAGCGACCUGCCUCAGUUGAUUUUGGCAGCCCUGGUGUUGCCAAAUCCUCGACGCAUUCUCCAGGGUUCCCUGCCAACGGUGUCGGGGUGAUCAACAAGGGGUUGGGCGCGUCAUAUUCAUCAUAUAACAGGCCAGAUGUGUUAUCUAGUCCAGGGACACCGAGCUACCAUCGGCGUGGGACGACAGUUGUUGGGUAUCAGAAGGGUUCAAAUUCUGAAAGAGUGAUCCCGCCUUCAACCGGUCAUAGAAGGCAUCCAGCAAGCAGCACGGUGCUACCUUAUAGCAGUGGGAGGACACUGCCAUCAAAAUGGGAGGACGCAGAACGGUGGAUCUUCAGUCCGAACCCCGGCAAUGCACUUGGUAGGUCAAUCCCACAACUCUGGAGGCCGAAGUCCAAAAGUGGACCUCUUGGACCUGCUGGCAGAUUUGGUGGACCAUACUCAUCUUCUUCAUCAUCGGCUCUGUUCCUUGAGAGUGGUAGAGUUGGAAAUCUCACUGUGAACUCACCUUACUUGGCUGGAGUUUUGCUACCUGAGCAUGUUUGUGGUGGCAUUAUGGACACUAGAAGGGAUCUGGGUGCAGCAUCGGGUGAGGAUAGCAGCAAUGGACGAGGAGGCAGGUUCGGUCAAACGAAUGGUCUGUAUCCUGCUAUGCGAUCUACCACGGUUUCUCAGCAAUUUGGUAGUGCAACUGAGUCAUUUCAGUCACUGCCUACUUCCUAUGAAUCUAUACACGAUGAACGAAUUGAAAGCAUAAAAGACACUGCCACUAGCAGUACCCCUACAAUUCUGAGGAAGGAUGUGGCAACACAAACAAGCCCUGAUAUAAGCAGGUCAUCUUCUCCCAGCAUGAGGACUUCAUUCUCCCGUUCGCUGUCGGUGCAACAAGUCAAAGAGUUGGAGAGUUGUUUCUCGAAGCUUGAGAUCAAGGACGUGCAGGUGGAUGAUCGGGUGACUCUGACUAGGUGGUCCAAGAAACAUGUCACGCGAGAUGCUGACAAGAAUGCAACAAAUAUUAUAGAAUGGAAGAAAAAGACAGUGGAAUCUAAAUCUUCUGCCUGGGAAGUAAUGGGAGCUGCUAAGUGUAUAUCAAAGAUUGAGGGAGAGGAAGCAAAAAUGACUGCAUGGGAGAAUAUGCAAAAAGCAAACGCAGAAGCAGCCAUACAAAAGCUUGUGAUAAAACUUGAAAAGAAAAGACCAUACUCGCUGGAGAGGAUUUUCAACACCCUCAGGUCUGGUCCUCGGAAAAUGCAGGUGGUACGCAGUACAUCAACUGCCAAUCAUGAUCAGCAUAUGUCCAGGAGUAUCAAAACCGCACCACACCUCAGCAAGAAUGGUCAAAUGAGUUCGUUGAGUGGAUGCUUCACAUGUCAUGCUUUCUAGAGGUGCACUGCUCUUACUUUCAAGGUGGAGUUUAGAGGAAAUGCCAAAUUUUUCAUCUAAUGGCCUGUCUGCCACAGGGUUCAUAUUCUGUUUUUCUCUCUCUCUCUCUCUCUCUCUUAAGUUUUGAUUUUGCCAGGGUAACAUAAGUAGAUGCAAAACGAGAGGAGCUGCUGUCAUCAUGUAUGCUUUGUGAAUUAUGAUUAUUGGUAUCUCACCGCAUAGCAAUAAAAUGGUUCCUCUUCUGCUA